GCAUUUUUUUUUAUCUCAUCAUUCUCAUCAUCCACUUUUGCAGCGAAUUCGAAGUUCAAUUUCAAACACAUUUUUUCUUAUUUUCUAUUUACAGCCAAGUCGAGUGCGUUUACUAUUUCUGCUGAGUUUUGAAAUUAAAAAAAUCUAGUUUCUUUUUACAUUCCCGUGUCUAUUUCUUCGUAAUUUCAAUUCAAACAUGUCGUCCAGAGUUGAAACGUUGAGGAAUGAUGUUGCUGAGCUGUAUAGAUUAGCAGAUCUAACCGAUAGAAAGAAGAUCAAAGAUAUACUUUCCAUAGAAGCUAAGAAGAUAGAAACGGAAAUAUCCUUGCUUCAAGAAAAGGAGAACACUAUUCAACCGAGUUCAACCACCGUUACAACUUCUAGACGAACGUACGAUAUCAAAAUCACCACAUAUGCCUGGGAUCAAACCAAUCAAACGGUGAAGAUAUUCGUUACCUUACCCAAUGUGCACACCAUUCCCAGUGAAAACAUCAUUUGCACUUUCACCGAAACAUCUUUCGAUUUAUUAGUGAAAGAACUGGAAGGAAAGAAUCACACUCUUUCUGUGAAAAACCUCUUCCAAAGUAUAAAACCUGAAGAAUCUUCUUGGAAAGUCAAGACAGGUAUGGUGGUUGUUUCACUGGCUAAAAAAGGUUCUUCUGAUACAAAGUGGUCUGGUUUAACGAAAACGGCUAAAGACACGACCACCCCUAAACCCCCGAAAAUGGAUGACGACGCAGAUCCGUCUGCUGGGGUGAUGAAUCUGUUGAAACAAAUGUACAUGGAUGGUGACGACGACAUGAAACGUACCAUUGCUAAGGCAUGGACUGAAAAUCGCGAGAAAAAUGGCAUGAAUUUAGGUUUUUAAGAAAGCUCUAUCGUGUGUUCUUAAUUGCUUUCUAAUUGAUUUGUGGGUUCAAAUAUUCAUGGAUUUAUUGGAUUAAUAGUAGGAAUCGAAUGAUUGAUGUAUGAUCGAUUUGUGCGUUGGAGGAUUGAAUUUUGUAUCGAUUUUUCUCUUACAUCAUUAUUAUUAUAUUCGAAUGUCUGAAUACGUUUCCGUUGAUGCAUUUUUGUUCUUAGUUUUUAAAAUGUUUGGCUAUUAUAAAAAUAAAAUUCUGUUUUAUAAUAA